AUGGCAUCAGCUGAAAUGGAACUCGACCCUCCAGUGGGCGACAACACAGCUCCAUCAGGAACCUCAGAAGCAAAGACACAAGCCGGAGCCGUCGCAGUCCGAAGUAUCGAGGGAUGGAUCAUCAUCGCUACAAAUAUUCACGAAGAAGCUUCCGAGGAGGAUGUGACGGACCUCUUUGCUGAAUAUGGAGAGAUCAAGAACUUCAACCUCAAUCUCGAUCGUCGUACUGGUUAUGUCAAGGGAUAUGCACUUAUUGAAUACUCGACUCUCCCUGAAGCACGUUCUGCCAUCGAGGCCCUCAAUGGUGCCAAGUUACUCGACCAGACCCUCAGUGUGGACUAUGCCUUCGUACGGCCGCCCCCAGGAAACAAGGGCAAGGGUGGCAAUAAUCAGAGAGGAGGUCGCGGUGGACGAGCACGCAGCAGGAGGCUCGUUGAUGCUUCGGGAUUCUUGUCGGCACGCAAACUAUUGAGACAGAUUGUCCAUUCCAAAAAGUGCGUAUGGCACCACAAGGACUCUAGAUAG